CUGGAAUUCAUCGAACGAUAAUCAGCUAGUUAUCUACCAUACAGUGCUGACUUGAAGAAAACCACCCUCUGAACGACAUGUCUGCUUUUACCUGGCUCUGUGUGUUUCUGUUGGUUGGGUUGCUGAACACGCCCAUCGAAGGCCAUAGGCCUCCAAGCUCUAGCGUGGAGGCAGAAGAUGGCAAAGAGGAGAACCGUGGCAUAGCAGAUCACCGUGCGGUUGGUGAAAUUGUUUACGAUGGAAACCUACUUCAGCAAUGUGUAACGGACAAGGAUAUGGAUUGCAUCUUGAGUUACUACGCCCCUGAUGUGAUCGUAGUACCGGAUGGCUACCCAUCAUACCAAGGAAUUGACCAUUUGUCGAAAAACCUUGGAUGGAUUCAGCAUGUUACUGUGACCAAACAUGAUGCUGAGCACAUUGAACCAUUGGACGCAAGCGGGGAUCUCGUGCUUGAAGUGCAUGCUCACGACACUGUACUACCGGAUGGAAGCCACAAGAAGGGAAAGACCGCUCUGAUUUGGAAGCGAAUUCAUGGUUUGUACCACAUCAUCUUUGAGAUGUACAACGACGAAUACUAAGGAUACAUUUAUUUCCAGAGCGACCCUUCAAAUUCAAAAUUGACCGCGAUUCAGAAUGUAUGCUUUAAUAAUUGACAAUUAUGUUAUGCUAUCCAAAUCCUUCGUUAGUAGUUAGCGAAUAAUCUUUUUUGUGUUCAGAAACUUAUAACCUAUGGUGCAUGCACACGUAUACGGUGGCAACCGUGCUUCCUUUUGCAACCUGUUCUGUUUGGUCAGCUAUUUUGUGAUCAUACGUCAUGGCAUUACCUUUACAUGCGUGAUAUCCAACUCCACAAAAAAAAUCAUUGUUGGUUAAAUAUUAUGACGAUUCCUUUGGUGUUUGUCGUUUAUCUCUUCAAAAGAAUCAUGACGAACUUUGCAAUAAAGAUGCAAGUCAAAGUAGACCGGGCGUGGUUAUAUUGGUACGACGUCACAUUUGCAAAAACAAAGUAGAAGGGAGAUGUUACUCGGGGUAAUUUGGUCUCAAAAACGUACUCAUGACUGACACCUCUCAACAAAUUCCAAACGACUAAACUUAUCAUUUCUCAGUUAGGCCUAUUGGAUUAAAAUGAAAACUAUUAGGAAUAGACUUUCUCUUUCUUUCUACCUACUGUAUUGAAUGUCCGGAUGUUUGCACACGUUGUGAACGGUGAUUAAUUCAAAGCGGCUCAUUAAAAUACAUGUAGUUACAUAAGA